CAGGGGCCCUCUUGGCGCCCAGGCCCAUCUGCUGCCCGUUCCUUCCUGGACGCGGCUCCUCCUCUGCCCGCCCCUUCGCGUGCCCUGAUCCGGCUCAUCGGGGACGAGAAGCGGUGGGAGGCCGGGCAGCAGGCGGAAGCGAGGAAGGAAGGACGCGCAGCUGCUCUGGCUACCAGCUGAGUCCGCUUCUGCCUGCUCCUCUCCCGGGCCCGGCCACGAUGCGCACCUUCCCGGUGGCGGCGUCGGGCGCCGUGGCGGCGGCCCUGCUCUGGCUCUCGCUCCUGUUCGUCCUACCCGCCUUGGCCGCCGUGGCUCCUCCGCCCAGCGUCGCCGCUGCCUCUUCCUCGGGCUCCAUCUCCAACAGCAGCCGCCCGGGGCUCUCGGAGCCGCCGGCCGGGAACCGCAGCGAGGGCGCCCGGCGGAGCCCCAUGUGGGCUCUGAUGCGGGACUUGCCUGCGCUCAAGGCCGCCGUCAUCGGGGCUUGCGCCGCCAGCGUCGGGCUCAUCGCCUGCCUGCUCCUCCGCGUCCUCAGGUCUGGCAGGAAGAUUAAAAAAACCCGCAAGUAUGACAUCAUCACAACUCCAGCAGAACGGGUGGAAAUGGCCCCCUUAAAUGAAGAUGAUGAGGAUGAUGAAGAUUCCACAGUGUUUGAUAUAAAAUAUAGGUGAGGCUGUUGCACAAGGCUCAUCAGGAUGGAGGUCUCCUGUCAAGAACCUUGCAAGAACCUUGGCAACAGAGGGGAGAAGGAAGACAGAAUCUUAGCAUCAACAAAACUUGCAAUUUUCCACUGUUACAAAUAUACAUACAUGAUUUAUGAUGGAUUUUGACAAGAGACAGCUGAGCAUCGGGCAUAUACAUUACUACUAUGUUCCUGGGUACCAGGUUGGAAGAACUGGAGGUGGUUUUCCUUCUGGACUGCUUUUCAACUGGAAAAAACCCCCCUCUCUUUUUGUUUUGUUACAGAUUUGGUUACCUGCAAUGAACUGCAGAUUAGGUUUGUAGGCCAACCCAGAGCCCUAGUUAUUAGGAGUGCCAGUUUUGUUCGAAGGCACCCAGGCUAACCAACAAACACUCUGCUCAGAAGCGCUAAACUUAGGCGGAUGGUUGUUCUCUCUGCACCUAAAACGCCUGGCAUCGUGUGGUUCUGGGCUGGCGGCAACCUCUGCUCAUCUCACGGAAGCUCAGGACUUGUGCAAACUCUGCUGAAUUGAUUGAACCUGUGUAUUGAUGUGUGAAUGUUUGUGUGUUUUGCUUUUUUGUGGGUGAGAUGUGGGCCGUUGUGAUGACUUGCUACUACUACUGAUAAAAAUUGCACUAAUCAUCUGCUCUUGCAAUAAGGCUCUCUGCCUUCUCUCUAAGGGGGUAUCUCCACAAUCCUCUGGGGAGGGCAAACUCUGAGAAGCAGGGGGAGGAAAACCCAGCCAGUUCAGGAGAGGAAAGAUAUUUUUGGCAGCCCCUUGCUCCUCUUUCCCUAUUCCAGAGGAAGUCAAACCUUCCUGCCUGGGGCGGGGCUCACCUGUGACCCUGUGGAUGUUGUUCUGACCGUUGGCUGUGCUGGCUGGGGCUAAAGGGAGUUGGGAGUCCAGAAACCUCUGGAGAACUGCAGGUUCCCCAUUCCUGCUUACACUGAGUGCUGUUUCGUGUCUGUGUCUCCCUCUGCCUGUGAGUCGCCUCUCUCUCAACUCCUCUAUUGUAUUUCAUGACAAUCUGCAGUGAGGCUAUUAAAGAGCAAUUAGGAUAA